UUUUCUUUCGAUUAUUUUCAUCAUGGGCGACAAGGGUCCUGAAGGGCCGAAAGAGCCAGGGUUUUGUUCCGCCACAUGCGUGGAUAGGGCUAGUCUUCAGAACGAGAUUAAGAAACCUGAUCCUAAGACCUCCGAUUUGUUCGUCACCUGCAACUUGCCAAAGAGAUUUGAUCAUCCUCAUUGGUUCAACGGGUACGGUUGCCAGGUGAGCAAACAGCAUCCGUUUUAUAGAACAUCGGCUAGCGUUUACGGAUGGUACCCACCAGGCCCUCACUCCGUCCCGACAUCAUAUUUUCCGAAGAAUCAGGGUUUCACCAACGCGAUGGCUAAAUCCGGCAUGUAUAGAAACUAUUCUUUAAACACGAGAAUGGAUCCACUGCCAUAUUAAUAUUAAUUAUGAUAUAACUUAACAAAGUCCGUUUUCUCCUUUCUUUAUGGACGACGGUCUGGUUUAUUAAAGUGUGAAACAAAAGAAUUAAUCCUGACA